AUGUAUGCCGUUAUAAAAAACUCUCGUCCUUUUGGUGAUUUUCGUAAGGCAGGGUUUCAACACUUUCUACAGGUUGUUUUGCCUGAUACGAAUUAUAAAGGUCCACAUCGUACAACAAUCAGAAAACGCAUAGUAACUUUAUAUCGUUUAUGUCGUAAAUCUUUAAUUGAUGAAUUAUCUUCUGUUAGUGAUAUUGCAUUGACAGUGGACUCUUGGUCUAGUCCUCGUCGUAUUCAUUUUGUUUGUAUUACAGCACAUUAUUAUGAUAAAGAAUUCGGAUAUUUAACUAAAGUUAUAUCAUUUCGUCAAUCUAUCGGACGUAGUUUUGCUUUACGUAUACGUCAAUUUAUCCGUUCUGAAUUAAACAAAUUAAAAAUUAAUAAUAAAAUUAGUUCCAUUACAACAGAUAAUGAAGUAAGCUCUUACAGGUUCUACUCAACAGAAUUAAUCAGCACAUGACUCAAAGAUUUUUAGCUAUCUAUACGCAGUGGACGUCAAAGGUCUCGCAUCAUUUUUUUAUUUCGGUUCGCCUUUCAAAAAUGUACGACAUAGAUUCAAAUUUCGUUUUACUUUUAAAUAACGGAGCUGGAGUACUAUAUGUAUGCUUAUGUUUGAAAUGAAUAAUCCUUCAAUCGAAAACACAGAAAAAAAAACAAACUUCAGUAUUACGAGAAAAGUUACCCAAAAAAAGACUAAAUGGUAUGAUUGUUAUCAGUUACAGAAGUUUUAUUAAGAUUGUAUUAAUACGAAAAUUGAGUAAGAUUUUGUUUGGUAUUUUUACAUAGGUCGAUACAUCUCAACAAGCUCCAAAAAACUGUCUGUAUCAAAACUUUUUAUAAUCCCUCUCUGGAACAAAAAUUUAAAAUAAAAUAAUGUUUUUAUAUUUUCUGGUAUAAAAAAUUCUCUGCUUUUCACAUAGAACAAAUAAAACAUGUGAUUAUUUUGUAAUUUUUUCAUCCCAGAAAAGGGUUAUAAGAGGAAUUUAAUGAAGACAUUUUUGUAGAGUGUGUUCAGACCUAUCGAUUCAUGGAAAAAUAUCAAACAAGAAUUUAUUCGAUUUUCACAUUACAGAAUAUUAUUCAAAAUCAUAAUAACCAUAGUAACUUUUUUUUUUAUGUAGGUUUUCUCGUAGUAUUGAA